UAUGAACCUUUUAUUCUUGCGAUGCAAGCAACUCAAGUGUGUUAUGUGUCGUAUCCUAGCAAGAAAAAGGAUAAGGAUGAUUGGGUCGCUGUGUUGAAAGUCAAACCUCGGAAUGUUGUUGAAUUAGCCGAUGAGGAAGUAAUGGUGACAGCUCCAGAUUUGAAUGUUCCAUUCCAAGUUGAAGAAGUCGAAGUCCACGAGAUAGAUAUGAAUGUUUCGAUUGAUGAAAAUAUACUUUUAUAUGAUCCAAACGGGAAUGCAAUUGUAAUGGAUGAACCCAUCGAUGAUAGGUUAUUGCCAGAGCAUCAUGAAAUCCAAAAUGAAUCUACAGAAGAAGAGUUUGAAACUGAAGAAGAGUAUGAAACAGAGGAAACUACGGAGGAUGAGGAAGAGUUCGAAGAAGGAACAGAUAGUGACUAAAGCUUAGUAACAUGUGUUGUUGUAUCUUUAUUGUAUUUUGCUUAAGAUUUGGGUGUAAAAAUUUUCUGAUGGAUGGUUGAGUGUUUUGAUUUGCACCACAGUUUUUCUUUAUUGUUUUCUUUAACCUAUUUUACCACUUUCAUCAUUACUUACUGAAUCUUGUAGUGUACUAUGCGACUAUGUUGUUUGAUAAAUGCCAUUAUAGUUUUAGUUCAACCUUUGAUAGAAUCCUCCUGAUGUUAUUUAUAUUACAGAUACGUAGUGGACAGCUGGUCAGAAUUCAUUGACGUGCUACUCAUUGAAGGUUCUGCAUUUUAGCUGUUGUUGUUGAGAUAUGGCUCGAGGCAGAGGUCGAGGUAGCGGAGGUCGUGUAGGAAAGUCCUCAUUAAGGUGUGAUUCUACUGGUCGUGCAAACAUGCCUACCAUUCCCAUUCCCACCACAGUUAGUCCUCAACAAGGUGGUACGAGUUUCAUAGGUGGGCCAGAUCCUAUAAACCAAGUUCAAACUUUACGUACGCCACCGGUUCAAGCCUCUGGUCGAGGUAGUCCUCAACAAGGUGGUAGGAGUUCCAUAGGUGGGCCAGAUCCUAUAAACCAAGUUCAAACUUUACGUACGCCACCGGUUCAAGCCUCAGAUAUCGCUCGAGGAAAAGGUCGAGGUAGUCCUCAACAAGGUGGUACGAGUUCCAUAGGUGGGCUAGAUUCUAUAAACCAUGUUCAAACUUUAGGUACGCCACCGGUUCAAGCGUCAGAUCACGGUAGUAACCCAACCAUCCCUGAAUUAUCUCCCAUUACAUCUGAUCUGAGCGGCCCAGUAGAUGAGGGUACAUCAAACCAGAGCAACACUGUCAGCGAAGAAGAGUCCAGUAGUCGUCGUAGGCAACGGACACUUACACUUGUUACUCUUACUCCUGCAGGGUUGGAACCUUCUAAAGAAUGCUCUAAUACCAUAUCCGCAUCUUUCAAAAAUCAACUUGAUCCCAAUGGAAUCAAUUGGAAAGGUGUCUCAGAAGAUACUAGAAAUUUUUAUUUUGGGGAAUUCAAGAAGACAUACCAUUGGGACUCUUCGAUUCCUGAGAGUGUAAUAAAAAAACAUUGGAAUACUAAGGCAGCAACAAAGUAUAGGAAUUUCAUUAGCAAUAUUAAACAAAAAAGGAUUAAGCCGGAUUAUGUGUCUGAUAAUGUGUGGGAACAUUGGUUGCAACUUUGGGCGGAUCCUAAGUGUGUCGAAAAGUCGAAGAUAAAUGCAAAGAAUCGUUGUGGAGGGAAAGAAGUUGCUGCCGGGACUCACACGGGUGGCUCUAUUUGCAUUGGGGAGCAUCGCAAGAGACUUGCUGUUACAAAGGAUCGAGAUCCAACACCAGGUGAGGUACAUUUGCAUGUCCAUACACAUGAUCAUGAUGGAGAAUCUUUUGUUGAUGAGCGUGCCCGAGCUGUCCAUGAAAGAUAUCAAGAAAUAUUACGGGAAAAAUCACAGUCUCAGUCUGAUAUUGAUCAAUGUGAAGCAUAUUACGAAGCUGCUGGGGGAACAAGGAAGAGAAGAAUAUAUGGUCUUGGAUCUCAAGCACAAAGUUAUUAUGGGCCGAAUCUUUGCGUCAAUUUUGCCUUUAAUGCUUCAGCAUCAGCAGCACCUUCAACUUCUCAAUCAGCACCUACAGAAAAUAUGGAGGAGUUAGUGAUGCGAUUGAUUCCUACACUGACUGAUCGCUUGCUUCCUUUAUUUAUUGAGAAGGCACGUGGAGUGAUUUCUUCACCAUCACAUCAUCCAAAUACUCCUGUCGACAAACCAUCAGUUGUGACACCCAUAGUGCCUCCUCCUACUACUGCCAACGUUGACGAUGUUGAUCCUUUAGUUUCUGAUGGUGAUCGUAGUCCUUCACCCAUGCAUUAGUUUUUUAUGUUAUCCGCUUUUUGUUGGAAAGAACAAACUUAUGCACUAACAAUACUUGAUGGAUGUGUGGGUUCUUUUGGUAGUUGAUAGCUUGGUGAUGUCGGUGUUUUGGACUUAACGAUUGGGAUUUCGCUAUCUAUUUUGAACUUUUUUUAUAAAUAUUAUUUUAUGUGAAUGUCAGUUAUUUUUAAGGGUA